AUGACUACGCCCGUGACCCAGACCAUGGGCCCGCCGGGCCACAUCACGUCGCCCACGGAACCGUACCCGAGCCCAGAAGCCCUGGCCAGGGCGACGACGACACACCGACAAGGCCGCUUCGCCAUCAGCACGCGCAAGCUGCCCAUUUCCAAGGCGGGGCCGAUCGACGCCAUGUCGGCGGACCUGGGGAUCCCGAUCCCGGAAAUGAUCUUUGGCGACAACCUGGUGCGCGUGGCCCACGACGGGAGCGGCUGGUCCGUGGCGUUUACGGCGCGCGACGCCCUCGACGCCGUCGACAAGACGGGCGACAAGAUGCUCCAGGUCUCGUAUGCCCGGGACUGGUCGGCCAGCCGCGAGAGGACGAGCGCCGGGAUCCAAGAGGUGGUCAAGCCGUUUGAUUGGAGCUACAGCACCGAGUACCGGGGGACGGUAGCAGUGGAACAAGAGGGGGCCGCCAACAAGUCCUUUGCGCCGUCGGAUCGGCCCAUUCCCAUUGAGCUGCUCAAGCGCCGGGACCCGAUCCUCUUCUUCGACGACGUCAUCCUGUACGAGAGCGAAAUGGACGACAAUGGCAUUAGCAUCUACAGCGUCAAAGUGCGCGUCCACGAGGAGCGCAUGUUGCUGCUAGCCCGCUUGUUUAUGCGCCUCGAUAACGUCGUGGUGCGUAUUAGGGAUACCCGCAUCUAUGUCGAUUUCGCCACCGAGGAGGUUAUUCGCGAGUACACGGCCAAGGAGGCUGGUUUUGAGGACGUCAAGAGGAAACUGCUCAUGACGGGUCUCCGACCUGAUGAGGUGCCCGCUGCCUUGAGAGACGCCAACCAGAUUGCCGAGCUGCUCAAAGACAGAAUUGUGGAUGGAUCGCUUGAAAGCGUGAAAUUAGGAUCAUGA